UUUAUUUGCAAACCGCCAUAAAAGAAGAAGAAGCUGCGCACAGAAGAGGUGAAGAAAACAGUUUGAUAUAAAGAUCUUUAAACACAAAGGUUUGUUUCUCUAAUCCACACUUGAAAAUCAAGUUAUGUGUGACACAAAAUUCAUUAAAGAGGAGAGUGAAGACAUGAGUGUUACAGACACCACCAGCACAAUGAAAAAUGAAGAUGAUGCAGAACAAAGAGACCUAAUGGAACUGGAAGAAACAACGGUAUCAGUAUGUCCUCAUUGUGGAAAGAGAUUGGGAAGUAAAGAGCAGCUUGUGAAGCACAUAAGAAUCCACACUGAAGAAAAGCCCUUCACCUGCCCUCAGUGUGGAAAGAGUUUCACAAGAAAAGGUCAUCUAGAGAACCAUAUGAGAAAUCACACUGGAAGAAAACCAUUCACAUGUGUUCAGUGUGGAAAGAGUUUCACAUACAAAAGUUUUCUUAAAAAACACAUGAGAUUUCACACUGGAGAAAAGCCAUUCACAUGUGUUCAGUGUGGAAAGAGUUUCACACAAAAAAGUAAGCUAGAUGGCCACAUAAGAAUCCACACUGGAGAAAAGCCAUUCACAUGUGUUCAGUGUGGAAAGAGUUUUGCACUAAAAAGAACUCUAGUGGUCCACAUGAGAACUCACACUGGAGAAAAGCCGUAUGCAUGUGUUCAGUGUGGAAAGAGUUUCACACACAAAAGUGUUCUUCAGAACCACAUUAGAAUUCACACUGGAGAAAAGCCAUUCACAUGUGCUCAGUGUGGAAAGAGUUUCACAAGAAAAGGUCAGCUAGAGGACCACAUGAGAAUUCACACAGGAGAAAAGCCAUUCACAUGUGCUCAGUGUGGAAAGAGUUUCGCACAAAGAGGAACUCUACAGGACCACAUUAGAAUCCACACUGGAGAAAAGCCGUUUGCAUGUGUUCAGUGUGGAAAGAGUUUCUCAAAAAAAAGUAAUCUCGAGGAACACAUGAGAACUCGCACUGGAGAAAAGCCACAUGUUUGUUUUCAGUGUGGAAGGUGUUUUAAACGCAAAUGUGAUUUAAAGGUCCACAUGAGGAUUCACACUGGACAGCGUCCAUACACAUGUGUUCAGUGUGGAAAGAGUUUCGCACAAAAAACUAGUCUAAAGAACCACAUGACAAUUCACACUGGAGAACGGCCGCACACAUGUGUUCAGUGUGGAAAGACUUUCACAAGAAAAAUAUAUCUUGUUGACCACAUGACCAUUCACACUGGAGAAAAGCCGUUUCCAUGUGUUCAUUGUGGAAAGUGUUUCACACGAAAAAGAUAUCUAGAGGACCACAUGAGAAUUCACACUGGAGAAAAGCCGUAUGCAUGUGUUCAGUGUGGAAAGUGGUUUAGAUACAAAAGUGCUCUUAAGAACCACAUGAGAACUAGCCCUGGAGAGCAUCCCUACACAUGUGUUCAGUGUGGAAAGAGUUUCACAAACAAAUGUACUUUAGAGGAACACAUGAGACUUCACACUGGAGAAAAGCCUUUCAUCAAGGAGGAGUUUCUGCAGGUCAGAGAAAUGGGCGUGCCAAAGGUGCUCUGACCAUUCAGCAUUAACCACACACGAAGGUCAUUUCUUUUAAAUAGGAAGAAGGUCGCAGUAAUAUGUGUCAUGUAAAUUUGGCAAAAUUGUGAAUUUGUGAACAUAAGACGUUAAAAACGAAAAACAUUUUUAGCAGUUGUGUCUGUGUUUUUGCUAAAUAGCUAUUAUGCAUUACAGAAGGUUAACUAAACAGGUUUUACUCAUCUAAAGCAGCUGUCGUUAUGUUUGAUGAGUAUUUCAGUCUUUCUGCAUGUUUUUGUUUACAUACACUAAAUCAUAGUUGACCUUAAACGAUAGAAAUGCCUUUUACUAUAUGACAGCUAUGUUGUUGCAAUUCUAUUAUGAAAUACAAUUAUUUUGAAUUUAAAAAAUCUAGUGCAAAUCUAGCGAUAUUUUAGAGACAUUUGUACCACCCUUUAAAUAAUCAUUUGCUUUUGAUUGUGACACUUAUCAACUGUUUCUUAAAUCACUGUCAUUUCUAAAGUUUAACUCUGAUAUAGACCGCUUCAUUGGACGCGUUUGUGUUUGUUUUGGCAAGCUAAUAAUCUAAUAAUAUAACUAGGGAUGCACCGAUGUUUACAUUUGGGUCGAUAACGAUAACCGAUAAUUCUUAAACAUUGAAAGACGAUAACAGAUAUAUUGGCUGAUAUACAUUAUCUAAAUAUUCAUAUAACAUUUUCUGAACCAGAAAAGUAUUAUUUUGUGAAUGUGAACCAGAUCUUCAGUUGGGGGUCACAAAAGUGCGCAUGUACAGUAACGUUUGUUUGUGUUGUAAAGAUAAAACCAUCUAUAUGCAUCCCUUUGUCAUGGUUCAACUAUCAUGUCAUGUUUUAUUCCUGUCUCGAGUGGAGCCAUGGCAUUGCCUGAUGGUUUUAUGUUGGAACGACAUAGUUCUUUCUCGUGUCUUGUCAUUGUUCCCUACAUCUCGUUCCUUGUGAGCCUCUCCUUAGUGCUAAUCCCCAGCACCUGUUCCUCGUUAUGAUCCUGUGUUUGUUCCCUAUAUAGAGUCCUCAUGUUUCAUUAUCCUGUGCUCGUGCAUUGUACGUCUACCUUGCCUGUAUCUAUACCUGUUCAUGUAGCUGUGCUCCUUGCUUGUCACCUUGUUCCUGUUUCCUCCCUGUUUGUUUUGUUAGUUUAGUUUUAAGUCAGUGUCCUAGUCCUUGUUAAAGUUUAUAUAUUAUUCCUGUCCUGUUUUCCCCUCGUGGGUUUUUGUUUUGCCUGUUUGUUAGUAUUUAUAUGUUAAAUAAACACCCCUGUUACCCCUACCGUCUGUGUCUGCCUGCAAUUGGGUUCCCAUGCCAUGUCUCCCCCCGAGAAUCAUGACACCCUUGAACCUUCAUUUUACAUUUACAAUAAAACGCAAUAUGAUAUUAACAACCCUAUAAAGCUUCCUUUCAUUUUAAAUGUGUAUAUAUAUAUAUGUAUAUUUAGAUUAGAUGAUUAGAUUAGAUUCAACUUUGUUGUCAUUAUACAUGUACAAGCACAGGGCAAAGAAAUGUAGUUUUGCCAGAAGUGCAAUAGCAGCAAGUGAAGAAAAUACAGCGGUUGCAUAAGUGCAAGAAAAAAACUGUAUUAUGGAAAUAGUUUAGAGAUAAGUAUGUAAAAUGAACACAAUACACAGGUGGCUAUUACUAUUAACAGGAAAUGUACAGAUGGGUAUAUACAAUAAGUUAUAACAGUAGGGCGAUGGAUAGAGCAGUGCAAAUAAAUGUAUAUGUUUAUGUGGUUAAGGUAUUCUGAUGUGUUUAUAUUCAUAUUUAAUCAAAUUAAAUAUGAAACAAAACACAAUAUUCUAUUCCAAAGUGUAAGACGUUUGUUCAAUAGGGGGGGAAAAAUCUGUCAAAAGUACACAAGCAGUGCUUCAAGACUACUUUCAACUAACAAAUACGUACAGCUAGGGCUGUAGUCAAGUCCACCAUUGUCGAGUCCAAGACCAGGAUUAGUCGAGACACUCCAAAGAGGUUUGAGUCCAAGUCAAGACCGAGUUCAAGUGUAUCAAUCCUAUUUUGCCAAUAGAAAAUGUAACAAAUAACCAGCAAACACUUGAAUAUAUUCCCAUUCUCAAACUUAUGACUUGGUGUCCCCCAAAGUAACCUAAUAUAAGGUAAUAAAAAGUAAGAAGGAAGGUGACUAUAAGCUAUAUGAGCGUAAUAACAAUAUAAGGAUUAGAUUUAUUGAUUUUAUUUAGUUAUUAGUUUUUUUCAUUGUCACGCCACACUCCAUACCACCAGUAGUUGGCGGAAAUGGACCUAUUGUUUGUUUGCCAACAGCCUUAAAACCCUGAAAGGAGAUGAAGAAUCAGCAGCUUUAGCUGCGCAGUGGGCAGUAGACAGUGUUGCUGUCCAAUUGUGCUUCAUUUAAAUGUGUUAGACAAAAUUUGAGCUGCUUAUGAGUUUAAAACCUGCCCAAGCAGCUUGCCUUUUCUUUGCUUUUUCAAGUUAUUUCAAAACGUUUGAAAAUAAUGUGUGGUGCAGUCAUAAACACAUUAUUCCUUAACACAGCCCUUAUUGGUUCAGUUAAACCAAUCAGGUCUUGAAUAGGGAGACCUUACCUGUCAAUCAAUCUACACUUGACUUGAGAUCAUCGGAGUGAUAAAGGAUUUUGUAUAUUGAAGCUAUCGCAAUGCCAAAGUGAACCAAAUAUAUGUUGUACAUUUGGGAGAGUAACUCAAAUCUCACAACGUGAGAUGUGGUGACACAUGUGGUGACAGACGUCUCGAAGACUUUGUAAAUAUAACUAUAACUGAAUUCACAGUAGUUGAAUGAUUAAAUCAAAAUCAAACUGAAUAUGGGAUUUUACUAACGUUACUUGUCACGAACGUGGGUGGUGAGGGACAGAGGACCCAAAUGCAGACAGGGUAAGGGGUAACAAGACUUUAAUAAAUAAUAAAUACCAAAACAAACACCCACAAGGGGGUAACAGAACAAAACAUAACAGGAACAUGGACUGACUAGACUAAACUAACUAAGAACAAGACUUGACAUUUAAACUACAAUAAACUAAACUAAACAAGACACAGCAACUCACCACAAUGACACAAAACAAUGAACCAGCACAAGACAAGAGACAUGAGGUCAAUAUAAAGGGAACCAAAUCAAGAGGGGACAGGUGCAAAGGAUAAACUAAUUAACACAAACUAGGAAACAGGAGGGCAGGAACAAUGACAAGACCGGAGAGAGAGUAUGGCAACAAUUAGGUGCCAAAAUAGUCUCUCUCCAACAUAAAACAAGGGCUCCUGUCUGAUUCCGCCUCAAGACCAAGAAAUACCUGACAUGGUGAGGCGGAACCAUGACAUUACUUCUGUUCAUCGUACUCGUCCUUGACAGCUGCUGGACUUGAUAAAUUUUGCAUUAUAUGUUAUCCAAUAUAUACCUCACGAAAGACGUCAUAGCUCUGUCAGAUGUUGAAGUACUCUCAAAGGUAAGCGCAUUACCUUUUAAGGAUUCUCCUGUUCCUUUUUUGUUCUGUUGUAUGUAUCAAUGAAAUGCACAUUUUUGGCUGCCGUGGUGUAUCGUUGGCAGAUGUCCCCACAUCACUAACGCUGCUAAUGCAGGCGGACUUCGGGGCCGUAGCCACCAAUGUCACGGCCCGGGUAGCAGACGAAAUGGUGAAUGGUUCGCGUAGUAAGACAGCCACCCGUGGAGACGAUGGAUUGUAAUCAAACUAUCCUGAGUGUAGCAAUUGUGACGGCUCAGUGAGUGGUUGUGUUGUUCACGAGUUACAGGCUGAUUGCUGGAGGGCGUGGCUUUACACCUGACCGCUAUCAUGGCACUUUAAAAGACACCGGGUUAAACGGAGACGGGAGAGAGAGUGUCACUCGCUGGUGUUGCUGCUUAUUGAGGCUACCGGAGAGCUGACGGGAUGUGUGGGUUACGGGAGACGCACAGCCUCGUUGGAGUCAUCCAGUUUUCCUAUUUUGUUUUGAUUUGGACCUUUAGUUGUUUAUGUUUGGUUGAACUGAUAUCAUUUGAACUUGCUAUUUACAUUUACAUGCUGACAUACAUUUACACUGAUCACUUGACAUUUCAAAUUUCUUAUUCAAGUUAAAUAAAUCUCAUGAUUUAUGCAGUGGUUGUGUGGCAUCUCCCUUACUUUUUUGUGAUCUAAGAAUCUGAUUCAGAUGAU